GCUGUCGACCUCUGGCGUCAAAACUCCGCCGAGAAGGCUGUCCUUUGCAAUCUGACACUGCUGCCACGUAGCUCCAACUUCCUGAAGGGCCAGAAGUUUUCCAGGAGCAUCUUUGUGUAUUAUUUCUGCUGUCAGAGCAGUUCUUUCUGUGGGUGCCAGCGCAGGAGCACACAGGAAAUGGAGGUUGUCCGUGUGAUCUUUUUGGUGUUAUAUAUAUUCUCCACGUCAAAUGUCUUCUGAGCGGUGGAUUAUUGCCUGACUUAAAUGUGCACAUAACAGGACAGAAGCAAUGAGUUGUCCCAUCACCCUGUUGGCCAGUGUGGUGUCUACUCUGGGCGGCCUUGUCUUUGGUUAUGAGCUUGGCAUCAUUUCGGGUGCUUUGCUGCAGCUCAAGGCUGAUUUCAGGCUGUCAUGCAUUCAGCAGGAGGCUGUGGUCAGCUCUUUGUUGAUAGGAGCCUUGCUAGCCUCCAUCGUUGGCGGCUACUUGAUUGACCGUCACGGCUGCAGGAACUCCAUCCUCCUCAGCAAUGUCCUGAUCCUGAUGGCCAGCCUGGUCCUGCUCAUCAACUCUUUCCUUGCACUGAUUGUAGGAAGGAUCACAAUAGGCUUUGCCAUCUGUCUGUCCUCCAUGUCCUGCUGCAUAUUUGUGUCUGAGAUGGUAAGUCCAGACCGCAGGGGCUUCCUGGUAACACUGUAUGAGGCUGGGAUCACUGUGGGCAUCCUGUCAGCUUAUGCCAUGAACUACAUCCUGUCUGGCUCUAAAAAAGGGUGGAAGUGGAUGUUUGGUCUAGCUGUGGUACCGACAUUGGUACAGCUCUUGUCCAUCUGGUUUCUCCCUUCCACUGCUAAGGAUUCUUACAAUCAGAGUCACAGCUUUCAAAAUGAAAGAGGAUUCAUGAGCACCACUGAAGCCCAAGAAGAAGAUGAGUCAAAAGUGCGCUCUAGUAAGGACAACAAGAAGGAUCAAGACAGCAGCUUGUACCUGUUCAAGCGUGAGGACAACAUGAGGACUCGGACUGCCAUUGGGCUGGGAUUGGUACUCUUCCAGCAGUUCACAGGCCAGCCAAACAUUCUGUUUUAUGCCUCCACCGUCUUCCAUGCAGUGGGAUUUCAGAGUAACCCCUCAGCAGUGUUGGCGUCUGUUGGUUUGGGGUUGGUCAAAGUGAUCGCUACUCUGAUAUCCAUGGUGUUUUCAGACAGGCUGGGCAGAAGGCCUCUGCUCAUUGGCGGCUGCUCUGUCAUGGCUCUGUGUCUAAUAACCAUCGGACUCCUCAGUGGACAUUCGCAGGUGAACUCUAUGACACCCUGUAAUUCUCAGAACAUUGACUUCAACACAACACAUGCACUUCAAUCACCUGCUGGGAAUGAGUCUGUUUUUGACAUGUCUCUGGUUGGAAGCUACUCACUUUUUAAAAACGCCACACAAGAUGAAGAUGCAGUAUUCAAUAAAAUCAGUCACAUUUCUUUGGAACCUGCUCCAGAAUCUUUUCCCAAAGUCCGUGGAAGGGUGGUGAACUGGAUCGUUCUCGUGUGCAUGAUGGCUAUUGUCAGUGCAUACUCUGUUGGAUUUGGACCAAUGACAUGGCUCGUCCUGAGUGAAAUAUUUCCAGCUGCCAUCAGAGGAAGAGCAUUUGCGUUCACCAGCUGCUUCAACUGGGCCGCCAAUCUGUUGGUCACCUUCACCUUCUUGAAUGUUAUUGAUGUGAUCGGUCUGUCAGGCAUGUUUCUCGUGUAUGGGCUGACUGCUGUGGCAGCCGCAGUGUUCUUCUACGUCAUGCUACCAGAGACAAAAGGGAAGACACUGGAGGAAAUAGACAAGGAGUUGCGUUUGCACAGGUUUUACCACCACCAGGAGUGCUGUGGCUUCAGCAGCAGCAGAAAUACCUCCCCACAAUACCAGAGAGUGCGCUGUCAUGUUAGCACCUCAGGAUGAUUACUCUGAUAUUUCAAUCUCCCCCGAUGAGCGUAAGACCUAGCACUCAAUGCUGAAAUGUCGCUGCAAUCAAAUUUAUUCACUCCUGCCUGACUUGUAAUGCCCAUCCAGUUUUGGGAAGUUUAUACCACUCACUUUCCUUCAGCCAUGAUUCAGAAGAAUCCUGCAAAUAUAACAAAGGCACAAACAAUGUCAGUACUGACUGCAGGAUAGUAGACUUUUUAAAAAAGUGAUGGCUGUGUCUGGAAAGUCUCACUGUACUAAUGCAAGCAAAACUUUCAGCAUCAUCUUGUUUUAUUGAGUGAUGUGAGAGUACUGAAGCUGUUUACAGUUCUGGGUCGGCAGGAUGUCUGGAGUAAGAUUGGAAGGAUGUGAAGAUUAUGGGAACCAUGUGACUGGCAUUGUGGGUUUUAUUUUAUUUUGAAACACCAGGGUUACUCCCUUCAAAACAGCAAUUUUUUUUUUUACUUUACAAUUGGAGACAGCAGCACAUUGAACACCCUGCUUUUCCCCAUGUUACCCGGCAUUGUGCCUGUGGAAGCUGAAUCAUUGUGUCCGUAUCUAGCUCCAGGGAGCUGAUCAAUUGUGUGCCAGAGAUAUGAAGCCUGUUAAGGAAGACAUUCCAUGUGAACCUUCUGUCAAAAUGAGAAAUAACAAUGUACGCAAGUUUGGCAAUCACAUUCCAAGCAAAGAUUUGUUCAGGAAUUGUUCCUGGGAUGUCUUUGAGGGUGCACUAAGUUCAGAUUUAAUUCUAACUAAAACUGGCAUAGAAAAUAAUAAGAGUGAGAUGGAAUGACAGAGCAAGAGAAGACUAAUCCCAGUAACACCCCCCCCCAGACUUAAAUGAUGUCACUUGUAUGUGCAGCUGCAGGGCUUGAGUAUUUGGGUUCAUGAGGGUUCAAAAUGGUAUGAACAUGAAUGGUAUCACAUUCUGUGAGAUUAACUCACUGACAUCAUAGUUUUCUUACUGUUGUAGGCUUAAGAGUAUUUCAGUUCUUUGUUAAAGGAACCUAUCUGUCCAGCUCAUGCUUUAUAGAGGGGAUGACGCAAUUGUCAAGUAUUUUUGUCAAAACCAUCAUUAAGCGCGCAAAAAAAAAAAAAAAAAAAAAAAAGUUCAAUUACUUAGGAAACGCAUAAAGGGCUCAAAAUGUCUGUUAGUAUCAUGACAGACCACAGCCCUCACAGAUUUAGGGGAAAUGCACUCCAAAGUGUAUGAGUAGGGACACUGGGAUUGGGUGGAACUACUGGAAAUGAUCUGGAGGACCAACAGGUCAGAGGCUGCUCAUAGUAUCAAGUUUAAGGUUGCAGGAUUUGCUUCUAGUCAAUUUUUUUGUUUACCACGGCCCCUUUUUGCAUUUUUUCCCCCUCUAAAUGUAAUUCACAUCACUGUUUUGCAGGUUAAGGGGGCUGAAUGAUUGUGAAUGCAGCUGUAUGUGGUUUCACUGUCAAAUAAAAUAACUUAUAC